AUGUCGCACAAACUAUCGUCAAAAGAACCCGAACUUCUACAAGUACCUGUCAGACACAGUCUGAAUUUCCAACCAUCAUCUGACGAUUGUGACUCCGAUUUCUCAGACACCUAUGACGCGGACGAUCCUGAUGAUCUGGAAGAAGAAGAAAAGGCAUUGGUCACCGCAUACCUACAUGACCCUCCAGCUCUGCAUAUCCGACGGACGUUGGACCAGUACUACUACCAUAUGCUUGACAACACGAAAGAGCGCGACAUGGACCAGGUAGUGUCUCGAUGGGCAAAACAGAUGAAAUCCGAGACUCGGCACAACAUUCUUAUGGUGGAUCAACUUUGGCUUUGGUCUACUCAUCAGAAACCGUCCCCAUACAAAGCUCAAGACAAGGCGUCUGAAAUUCGAACAAACCGUGAGCAGAUGGGCAUGAAAAAUGGAAGCUCUCUGGAGGAAGAGCCUCAGGACCACUACGUCAUAUCUUGCUUCCCAAGCAGAACAGGGACGGGCCAGCAUGCGCACCGCGUUAUGGACGAUCUUAGACUACUAGUCUUGGAUCCGACGCACCGCAAACGAUAUCCCAUCCGUAAACCGGAAGACCUUACUUCACGCAUAUUGGAGACCUGCUGCAGUGUUUUUGAUCGACUACUAGAUGCGGAGCCGCUCCGCUUCUUCCAGAUGUUCGAAGAGAGUGUUGGAACGAUAAAGGACGACAAUGAGAGUCGGCUCUUUCGAGCGUUCCAACGCGGAUCCACACAUCUUAUGCAGCUCAAAGCGACCAACAAGUACUACGAAGAGAAAAAGAACAAACUUCUCGUCGAUCUUCUGGAUAUCCGCGAGGAGGUGAAGCUCCUAGUUGAGAUAAAGGACAUCCUCGAUGAGAUCAACAUCAUUCUUUCGGUACUAGACAUACAACGGACGGUCAUCAAGCAGCGACGGAAGGCGGAAGGAUUCACUUUCCUAGGCUCGUCAGCUGCAGAGGUUCUCAUCAAAGCCGACAUAGAUGACUUCAAGAAGCUUGAAGGUCACAGUCGCACAAUACAGGAGAAGGUAUGGCGGACAUUGCGAAGAGCAGAACCGAGCUAA